AUGAAACAUAAGAGCACAUUCAAGCAUUGCUCAACCGUGAAGGAUACUGAACAAUUUGUCGAGAAAUAUUUUACUUUGGUUUGCGAUAGUGAGGCAUUCCUGGAGUUACCUAUAAGUAACCUAGUGGAAUUGUUGGAGAGAAAUGGUUUAUAUGUGGAAAAUGAGGAAACUGUUUGUAAAGCAGCAUUGCGCUGGGUAGACCAUGAUCCAAAACAUAGGAAAAUGUAUAUAUCAAGAAUCCUGAAAUGUGUCCGCCUGCUGACCUUGAAGCCAGCUUUCUUGGCUAAAGUUGUCGGACGUCAUCCAAUUGUUCGCAACGAUCGGAGAAGUAGAGAUUUGUUGGACGAGGUGAAAGAUUAUCACCUGAUUCCGGUGGAAGAUCGCAGCCUUCCCUAUCCAUCUAGUAGUGAACCUCGUUCAUGUCCAAAUCUACCUUGUUUCUUCUUUGCAAUAGGAGGCGCAUCAAGUGAAAGCGCAGCCCUCUGCGAGGUGGAGAAAUAUGAUCCAGUUAGACGACAGUGGGUUGCUGCGGAACCAAUGCCCACGAGGCGCAAGAAAUUUGGAAUUGCUGAGCAUAAUGGCAUGGUAUGCCAAACUCCUACAUCUUUUUUUUUGUCUCUUUGUCCUCCUAAAAUUCGUUUCUUCUCUUGAUU